AUGGAAAGAAGAACAGCCCCAAAACAAGUUUUAAGCAUCAAGGUUACUCCUGGUUUGUAUCAACGAUUAAAGAAAGAAGUUGGUAGCGGUAAAGUCAGCAGAUUUGUCGAAAAUGUAGUAAAUAGAGAACUGGAUGAACAAGUUAGAAAAGCAGCUCAAAUACAAAAAGAAUUUCAGCAAAAACUAGCUUGCGGUUAUCAAGCGAUGGCGAAAAACAAAAAACUCAAAGAGGACAAUAAUAACCAAAACGAAAAUGAUGAAGAAGUAAUUGUUUCUCCGCUAACCACGGAAGAAGUUAUUGCCGGCGAGGUUCAAUUUUUUGAAAUUCCCGUUAUGGCUAAUAAAGAAACUGGUUUAGAUGAGCCUAGUCGGGUGUUGCUUAAUCGGAUUCACACCGUAGAUAAAGAACUACGCUUGAUUGAAAGGUUAGGGAGAGUGGAUGAGAAAGUUUGA